AUGGCUACCAAUGAGAAAAGCGACACCAGCAACAAGAAUGACAGCUUGUCAGAAGCUGAAAAGUUCCUGGAAUCGUUGAACUUGUCUUCAGAAUCGCAACCGGAUGCUAAUACCACCAAAGCACCAUCUGCUUCUUCCACCACCGAUCACAAGGAAAUCAUGUCGUUCCUCGAUGAAAUAGCACAGUAUCCUGGAGCACAUGCUGAUAGUACAGCAGCUUCCAAGCAAGAGCAACAACAACAGCAACAGCAACAGGCUUCAACAACAACAACCAACACUCAUGAUGAAUCAACGAGCAACAAUGAUGCUGCUGAUAGCAAUAGUGGAGGUGGAUGGAUGGCAUGGGGUAACAACCUUUGGAGCCAGGCUGUCAAGACGACCACUGAACAAAUCAACAAAUCCGGUGUCGAGUUGCCAAGCACAGCUAAAUUGCUCGAAGAUCGCGUCAAGCAGUUUGUCAAUAAGGAGAAUCUUGGUAAAUUAGGCAGUGAACUUCGUAAUUUGACAACAACGCUUUUGGAGACGGUGGCGCCACCCAUCUCAGAGCACGAGCUAGUGGAAGUGUUCUUGUCGCAUGAUAUGGUGGGAUACGUGGGAUUGGAGGCUCUUGUUUAUCGAGCAUUUGCACGCGUUAUGGAACAAACUGAAUCAGGUCACGUGGUUGUGCGUAAAGUGGGUGACAAGGAAGAAGAGGAGCCUACGACUACACGAAAUUUGAACUUGUGCGAAGGAUUGGUUGAAGGCACUAAAUUGGCCAAGGCAAAUUUGGAUCAUCUUAUCAAGACGCAUUACAAGGCUCCCGAACAAAAGACGACAUACACUCCACAAUCCGGUGCUGUUCCAGUGAUCAAUUGCCCUGUGUUUUUGGCGAUCCAGCCUGUUUCCUUACAGGAUCCUGAAGAUGGUCCUCAAGUUAUUUAUAUUGUUCUCCUUGUUGAUCCUACACACCAACUUCGAUUCAAGACCUAUUCCCAAUCCAUGCCUCAAUCAUGGCUUGAUGUUCCAUAUGAAGAGAGUGAAUGGGUUGAAGACAAGAUGGUUGAAAUGAUCCGGAUGGCAGUGACAACGAUAGCUCAAGAUUAUGUGUAUACGCGAAUGACGGGUGCUGAAAAAGAAAUGGCUCGAAUGGCUGCCGCUGCACAUCAACAGCAACAAGCUGCAUCAUCAUCAUCGUCACCAUCACCAGCAGCAACAACCGAAGAAACACCCUCCACAGCUGAAAAUCCUAGCAAAGAUGAACAACCAGAGAAAAAGAAAUAA